UCUCUGGGGGCUGCCCUGAAACUCGUAACGUGUCAUGAUCUGAUUUCUGCCCGGGCAGCGUCACUGUUUUAAUCGCGGCGAGGAAUAGGCAGCUAUAGUCAUCUGGAGGUGGAAGAAAAGUGGCAGAGAAGCAGGCCAGGGUACUGAAUGAUGAUUUACACUGAACAGUAAAGGAUAUCCUGUGCUCGCAAACCAAUCACCCUCAACCACAAUGGCGUCGAAAUCGUCGUUGCUCAAAGUCAUCUUGCUGGGAGAUGGCGGCGUCGGAAAGAGUUCCCUGAUGAACCGCUACGUCACGAACAAAUUCGAUACCCAUCUGUUCCACACUAUUGGGGUGGAGUUCCUGAACAAAGAUCUGGAGGUGGACGGACACUUUGUUACCAUGCAGAUCUGGGACACUGCUGGUCAGGAGAGGUUUCGAAGCCUGAGGACUCCCUUUUACCGAGGCUCUGACUGCUGCCUCCUCACGUUCAGUGUUGAUGACAGCCAGAGCUUCCAGAACCUCGCAAACUGGAAGAAGGAGUUCAUCUACUACGCUGACGUCAAGGAGCCUGACAGCUUCCCCUUCGUAGUUCUGGGCAACAAGGUAGAUGUUACAGAGAGGCAGGUCACGACAGAGGAGGCCCAGCAGUGGUGCAGAGAUGGCGGCAACCACCCAUACUUUGAAACCAGCGCCAAGGACGCCACCAACGUAGCCGUGGCCUUCGAAGAGGCGGUCCGCAGAGUGUUGGCCACGGAGGACCGGACGGACCACCUUAUCCCCACAGACACUGUGAACCUUCACAGGAAGCCCAAAUCCAGCUCUUCCUGUUGUUGAUUUCACACACGUCAUUCACGUUCAGAUGUAGAGACUUGGGCUUGAUGUACAGGCUGCAAAAGCGUAGCCCCGUAUGUUUGACGCUCGCAUCAAAACGGCAGCAACAGUAACACGACUUGUGCUGCUGGCUGACAUUCCAUUGUGUAGAUUAUUGAUAACCUUAUCAAUCAUCAUAAUGGAUUUUAACGAGGGUGCUAUGAAGAUUAGGUUUUUGACUAAAACUGCUGGACAACACUGUAUAAGAUUUAACUUUCUUUAAAAGGGGUAUAUGGAUUUAAAAGGUGCCAAACCUAAAAAAAUAAUUCUUAGAAUAAAAUCUCAGUUGUUUUGACAAGUAAAUGAUAUCUUCUGACAAAUUUUUAAUUUCUAAGACAUCAGAUGUACAAGUGAAACAACACUUGACAUUAAAAGCUCUACUACUUGGGAUUUUUCAGAAAGGAAGGUGCAAGUGACAGAAUAACAGGUGGCAAUGCAGCCUAAUGUUCCUUAGUCAGAACUACUAAUUUAAUUUUUAACCACCUGUAUUUAUCUCCAAUAAUAAAUAACCAACUUCAA